AUGAAGGAACACGCUCUUUUCCUGGCCUUGGCGGCAGUCGUCGCGGCCUCCCCCCAACUGCUUGUUCCCAACUUACAGCCCGCCUUGACCGAAAACUUUCAGCUCUCUGCCCACGCUUACCCUUCGCGGAAAUCAGCCCUUGACCGCUCCAUCGAGAGCUGGGAAGUCGUGUCUGAGCCUCGUGGCUGUAACUGUCCGCAGUCACUCACCCUGUCCAAGCCGCUGAGCAACGGCACCAGCGCAGCCGAAACCUUCUACUUCAACCCGGACUCCCUCACCGUCCAGUCCGGACCCGACGAGGCGCCGCGCGGAGUGGUCUUAUCUCGCAAGGAGAACCGCUGGGCUUUGCGGCUUGUCCCCGGGGAAGAAGGCACCUCCAAUCUGGGCGUCGCCCUUAAAUCCGACGGGCCGCAGCUGGACUAUCAACGAGGGAGGUUCUACGCGUGCGAGACCGGCACGCACUCGCACUCGACCGUCGAGCUCUUUUGGAGACAUGAACAUGACACGGAAGCACUGUCUCGUUCGUGUGUCGACGUUUCCCUCUACGCGACGCCAGCCGACGGCCCGUCCCAUGGACCAUCUUCCGUCGUCGUGGCCUGCAUGGACGUCAGAGGCGGCACGUGUAUUUUCCCUUUUCGCUAA